AUGCAUUGCGGUGGCCAAGCAUUAUUGGCAGCGACACGGCAAAAAUUUUGGCCGAUCAAGGGGAAGGUAAUGGCACGGUCCAUCGUGCAACACUGUAUUCGUUGUACAAGGUGUAGACCUGUAACUUUCAAUCAAAUCAUGGGAAAUCUUCCACAUGCUCGAGUCCAUCCAACUAGACCAUUUCUUAACACAGGAGUCGAUUUUUGUGGACCAAUUUGGGUACACUACAAAGUAAGAGGAAAGCGACCGCACAAGGCAUAUAUUGCUGUUUUCUGUUGUUUUGGCACCAAGGCAGUACAUUUGGAGCUGGUAAGUGACCUAACUACCGACGCAUUUAUUGGAUCAGUUAAACGUUUUGUUGCGAGGCGUGGGCAUUGCCAAAAUCUAUUUUGUGACAAUGCAACUAAUUUUGUUGGAGCCAAUAACAAACUGAAUGAACUAGUAGAACUAAUUUACUCAAAAAAAUCAGGAGAAGUAAUUGAAAGAGCGUGCAGCAAAAAAGGUAUUAAAUUUAACUUCAUUCCUCCUCGUACGCCUCACUUCGGAGGACUCUGGGAAGCAGCAGUGAAGUCGGCGAAACAUUUACUUGUGCGCAGCGUUGCCACAGAAUCCUUAACGUACGAAGAGUUAGAAACAGUUGUUAUUGAAAUAGAGGCGAUUUUAAAUUCAAGACCGAUUACUCCAAUGUCGAAUGAUCCAAAUGACUUUGAAGCACUUACGCCAGGCCACUUUCUAAUUGGUGAAGCUCUUACAGCACCAGCAAGUACAACCACAACAAAUUUAAAGACAUCAUUACUAACGAGGUGGAAAUUGGUGUCCCACAUAAAACAUGAAUUCUGGAGACGGUGGAACUCUGAAUAUCUAAAUGAGCUACAAUACCGACGUAAAUGGCGAGAAGAAUCCAAAAAUUUGCAAGAAAACACUUUAGUCAUCAUGAAGGAUGGAAAUUUACCUCCUCUUCAGUGGGCAUUGGGUCGAGUAACCAAUAUACAUAAGGGUACUGACGGAAUGGUACGUGUGGUCGAUGUUAAAACAGCAUCAGGUAUUGUGAGACGUGCCAUACAUAAUUUGGCUCCACUUUUUUCUGAAACCAACGACAGUGAAGAUGACAAGAUACCACCAAUACAACCAAAAGAAGCAACAAAGCAACAAGUGACAGCAUCAAAAAGGCCUAUACAGGUACCAAAUUCAUCGGUUAGUAGUAUCAAUCAUUUCGGACGCAAUUCGAAGGUAUCCAAACGAUCGAGCAACUGCUGA